CUGGUGGCGGUCCGUCAACUUUGUCUUCCCCCUCCGGGGCGGGCGCCGAGCGGAGGUUCCGGAGGCGGCAACGACAGGAGCAGGGCGCUCCCUCUCUCCCGUCGGGAAUCACUGCCGGCGAUCACAGGAGCCAUGGGGCUGCUCUCCGACCCCAGCCGCAGGGAGGUGCUGACCCGUCUGAUCACCAGGAUGAACACGCCACUGUGUGUGGUGUGUUACGUGGCUGGCAUCCUGUGGUUUGUCGGGCUGGCCUUCGAACCACUGAUCCUGCGGAUGUACAUCUCGGAGAAUGCCAUGGGCUCCACCAUGGUGCACGAGAACUUUGUGUACGGGGAGCGCGCGCUCUCAUACGCACGGGAAUUCUCUGGGCAUCGGAAAAAGAUGGGGGGGAUGCCUGUGGACUGGAUGCUGAAGACUCUGCAUGGUCUGGGGCUCGAGGCUCACAGUCAGACCUUCAGCCGCACUUUGCCUUUCCCCGAUGAGCUCCGCGAGAGAUACAUGGUGAAGGGGACCAACGUGUUCGGGAUCUUGCGAGCUCCCAGAGCAGCCAGCACUGAAUCCAUCGUCCUCAGUACCUCCCACAGGAACACCCAGGCCACCGGCCUCCUCCUCACACUCGCCUCCUACUUCCGAGGUCACAUUCACUGGGCCAAAGAUAUCAUCUUCCUGUUUAAUGAGCACGACAUGCUGGGGAUGGAGGCCUGGCUGGAGGCUUAUCAUGACGUCAAUCUGACCGGUAUGGCCUCCUCGGUGCUGCAGGGCAGAGCUGGGUCCAUCCAGGCUGCCGUGGUCCUGGAGUUGAACAGCGACGUGAUCACCAGUUUCGAUGUGGCGGUGGAGGGGCUGAAUGGGCAGCUGCCCAACCUGGACCUGGUCAAUCUCUUCAUCUCCUUCUGUCACAAGAAUGCAGUGCUGUGCACCAUCCAGGGCAAGCUGCCGCGCAGUGAUGGGGAGACGUUGCCGGGCUAUGUCCACGCUCUGCAGACCAUGCUGCUGAUGGUGCUGAAGCAGGGCUCGGGCAAGGCCUCGGGGGAGCACGGGCUCUUUCUGCGCUACCAUGUGGAGGCCAUCACCAUCCGCGGCAUCAACAGCUUCCGGCAGUACAAGUACGACAUGGUGACUGUCGGCAAGGUAUUCGAGGGAAUCGUCAGGAAACUCAACAACCUCCUGGAGAGGCUGCACCAGUCCUACUUUUUCUACCUGCUCCCCUCGCUUUCUCGCUUCGUCUCCAUCGGCUACUACAUGCCGGCCUUCGUCCUCCUCAUCUCCAUCCCCAUCCUCAAGGCACUGGAUCUGUGGAUUAAACUAUCCAAACCAGAAGGGAACCAACAGACAACUCAUACAGAGCGGGAUGUGAGCCUCCUGACCAUCCUGACGCCGGUGAUGAUCUGCCACGCCACGGGGCUGGCCCUCUACUUCCUGCCCGUGUUCGGGCGCAAGGACGCCGCAGAGCACUUCCCCGUCUCGGAGACCGAAGCCGUCGUUCUCAGCUCCAUCGCCAUCUACGUGGCUGGGCUCGCUCUCCCACACAACACACACAGGGUCCUCCUCUCCGAGGUGACGGAGCGCGGCUGGAUGACAUUGAAGCUGAUCACUCUCCUGUACCUGGCUCUGCUCCUAGGCUGCAUCGCCCUCAUCAACUUCUCCCUGGGCUUCAUCCUGGCAGUCACCCUGACCCCGGCAGCUGCCGUCGCCCAGCCCGGCCACCUCAAGACGUUCCGAGCCCUGUUGCUGCUCCUGGUGUCCCCAGCCACAGUGCUGCUGAUGUGCCUGUAUCUGUACCAUGAGCUGAGUGAGGUGCCCCUUACGGUGCUCGAGUGCUGGCAGCUGUUCCUGCAGGCCAUCGCUGAGGCCAUCCUCGACCAUCACCUGUACGGCUGCAUUGUCUACCCCUUCCUCAUCCUCUUCAUCUACCCCUGCUGGCUACUCCUCUGGAACGUGGUCUUCUGGAUGUGAGGCCCUCAUCUCCCUCCAUCUUCCUUCUCUCAACCUCCAUCUCCCUGCUCACUACACUCUAUCUCUAUCUACCCCCUCUGCUCCAUCUCCCUCCCUCCCCAUGACCCCUUCCUCCACCUCUGUCUACCUCCUCCAUCCCUCCAUC